AUGACAACAGAUGUUGGCUGUCAAAAAAUCGAUAAUGACAUGAAUAAUUCAGUAAUGGUGGCAGAACAAAAGUUAGAGAAUCAAAUACGAAUAAAGAGUGAAACUCAUGUCGGAGUUCAAUUUUUCACCUCAAUUCAAGUUCAAGCUCGCUUUGUGUGCUUAUGUCAGACAUUCAUGAUAUCAUUAGUGUCGUAA